ACGAUUUUCGAUUGAAUUUGAAUAAAUACGAAAAUCAUUCAUAUUUUUAUUUUUAUAUAUAAAUAAAUAAUGAAUCCAAGUGGUAAUGAAUUUACAUUACGUGUUGCAAUCUGUGAUCUAGUUGAACGGCUGAAACGUAUGCAACAUAAAUGUUCAUAUUUGGAAGAAUGUCGUAAUCAAUUAGUUAAAGAAGUAAUACGUUUACGUUUACAGAAUGAAUGGCUAGCCAGACAGAUUGGUAAUGAUUCGCCAGAGAUAUCAUCAUUGCCACCACCACCACCACCACCAACACAAUCACAGCAACAACAGAAUUUGCAAAUAUGUUUUUCAUGUAAUCAACAAUCGGCCAAUAAUAAUAAUAAUAAUAAUCUAGUCAAUCAUAAUGCUCAUUGUCAACAUCAUCAUCAACAACAACAACAACAAAUGAUCAAUGGCCAUCAAAAGUCGAAUCGUCUUAAUGAUGAUGAUGAUGAUGAAGAAGAAGAAGAAUCACCAAUGACGAAUCGAUCAGCAACAGCAAAAGAUGAUAGCAGUAUACAUCUAAUAAAUAUAUUAAAUGAAUUUGAACGUAAUGAUAAUAGUGAAGAAUCGAAUCGCCAGGAUUCCAUACGACAAUUAACCAUUCAGAUGUUGAAAGAUUUAGAUGCUGAAAUGAAAACUGGAAAAUUGAAAAUGGAAUUGAUUAAUUUCGUUCGAAAUAAUAUUGAAAAUUCAUCAUCAUCCAAUGAUGAUGGUGAUGAGCUGAUAAAAUUUGAUAAUCAUCAAAUGGAAAUGGAUGGAAAACAACAACAGCAGCAGCAACAACAACAACCAAUGAUCAAUCAAACAAAUCAAUCGAAUGAUUAUGAAGCAUUCAAUAAUAAUAGUGAUUAUUAUACAAAUUCACAUAAUAUAAAUGUGCAACAACAACAACAACAACAACGUGCCAUAACAAUGGCCAAAAUUAUUGAACGAUCCACUAAUGAUGUUGAUGUGGAUGAAGAAAAAUUGAACAAAUUACAACCUUCAUCACAAAGACAAACGAUAUCCCGGCGACAGGAUGCGGAAAAUCGUAAUUUUUUGAAUUCAGCAACUGCUACUACUACUGCUGCUGCUGCUGCUGCUACUGCAACUGCCACUACAACAUCCAUAUUCAAUAGUAUUGAUCUUGUAACACAAGAAAAUCAAUUGAUUAAUAUAAUCAAAAUAAUACGUAAUGAUAUUAAAUAUCUACAUCAGGGCGUUUUAGCAUCGACGGAUAAACUUAAUCGUUUGAAAACAAGACAAUUACGACAUUUUUUUCAAAAACAAAUCAAUCUUGAACAGCAGCAACAUCAGCAACAACAAUCCGGAACAACGUCAACAAAUAAAUAAAUCGAAUGAAUUCAUCCAAUCAGCAAAUGAGUAUUUGGAAUUUUUUUUUUGUUAUUACUCGUUAAGGAACCAUCAAAAACAUCAUGCUGACAACAAAGAAGAAAAAAAAACAAUGACGAUCAUCAUCAUCAUCAUCAUUCCAAUAAUUUUCUUGCCUUAUUGAUUUUUUUUUUAUUUCAAACUUUGUCUUUCCAUUUGGCUGUGGGACUGUGUGGAGUGGUGGUUGCUAGAUAGCUAAGAUUUUUAAAAUUCUCUUUUUUCUACAAAUUCAUUCAUUUCAAAAUGGAAACAAAAA